AUGGCAAAUGCCCUCUCGGAUCUGACUUCUACCCUGAUCUCCGCUCUAUCGAAUCUCCCAUCUCCAGAAAAGAUCCAAGAUGUCGACCGCAUGCAGCUCCUGGGGGUCAUCGGCCAAUUGCAAUCAGCGCUAGAGCCUCCCCAACUGCCUAUCCAGCGAUUCUGCUUCUCGCACUACGGCAUCGUCGUCAUCCGGAUAGCUCAGGGCAUGGGGAUCUUUGAUGCGUUCGUUGAAUCUCAAGGCAAAGAUAUGUCACUGAAAGAGUUAUCCUCCAACGUCAAAGGGGACGAGACGCUUCUGAGACGUAUCAUGCGUUUUCUGUCUGCUCACCAUAUUUUCGAACAAACCACGAGGGAUUCAUAUAAGCCUCUGCCCUUGGCAAUGGUAUUUGGCAACGAGUCGGUGCCCGGUGACAUGAUCAAGCACUUCCACACCGGCAUGCAAGUAACUGCGAAGCUCUUUGAUUACUUUGAACUGAAUGGCUACAAGAACCCUGAAGACGCAUAUAACGCUCCCUUUCAGCUCGCCUACAACACCAAAAGCCAUUACUUUGAAUGGAUGAGUCAAAAUCCAAAAAUACAAGAGGUUUUCAAUUCAGUAAUGACACAGAGCCAACAUUAUCGCGGUGCAGACUGGUUCAAAAUUUAUCCUGUACAGCAAAAGCUGCAGGUUUCACCGGACCAGGUCUUGCUGGUCGAUAUAGGUGGCGGCGUGGGCCACGAUAUCAUGGCGUUUAAAAAGCAUUUUCCAGACCUCCCGGGCAAGCUCGUCCUGCAGGAUCUCCCUCAGGUGAUCGACACCAUCAAGGAGCCUCUGCCCGAAGGGAUUACGGCUAUCGGCUACAACAUGUUUGAGCCACAACCUAUCAGCGGUGCUAGAGCGUACUAUAUGAGAACGGUCUUGCAUGAUUAUCCGGAUGAGCAAGCUCUGGAAUUCCUUGCACGUAUCCAAGAUGCCAUGACAGAGGACUCUGUUUUGUUCGUUCAUGAGCAUACAAUGUCCGAUGACCUCGAUGUCCCUCCAAUGGCCGCGACACUCGAUAUACACAUGAUGGAAUUAUUCUCCUCCCUAGAGCGAACCGAAAAGGAAUGGGUGGCUCUUUUGAAAAAGGCUGGAUUCAAGGUGAUACAAGUCUGGAAUGAGGAUUCUGUUGGACAGUCUACUGCUCUGUUUGAGGCUGCUCUGCCCUGA